AUGACGUCCCACCUGCCCCUCCUCGACGUGGCGAGCAUCUACUCUGCGGCGCGCCAGCCGCGCGAGGCGCAGCGCUGGCACGCCCUCACGCAGCGCUUCGAGGCCGAGUAUGGCGCGCCGCCGCACUUUGUCGCGCGCGCGCCGGGGCGCGUCAACAUCAUCGGCGAGCACAUCGACCACAUGGGCUUCGCCGUGCUGCCCGCCGCGCUGGAGAUGGACAUUCUGAUGCUGGUGCGCGUCACGCGUGCGCCCGACGGCGAGGCGCCGCCGCCGACGCUGCGCGUCGAGCUGCGCAACACGGCGCCGCGCUUCGAGGCGGCCAGCUUCGAGUGCGCCGUGGCAGACCUGCAGGGCGUCGAGCUGCAGCAUGAGGGCGCCGCACGCUGGGCCAACUAUUGGAAGGUCGCGCUCAGGGGCCUGCACCCGCACCUGCCCGCCUCGGUGCUCGACUCCGCCUCGCGGCCCACAAAGCUCGAGGUGCUCGUCGACGGCACGAUUCCGCCCGAGUCGUCGCUCAGCAGCAGUGCGGCCAUGACGGUGUGCAGCAGCAUGGUGGUGCUCGAGGCGUUUGGCGCGCGCGCACUCAUCGGCCGCGAGGAGAUGGCGGAUGUGGCCAUUGAGAGUGAGCGCCUGGUCGGCGUCGCCUCGGGCGGCAUGGACCAAGCGGCGUCCAUCUUCGGCGUGCCAUCGCACGCGCUGCACAUUUCCUUCUUCCCCAAGCUGGCCAUCCGCGCGCUGCGCCUCCCCGACUCGACGCCCAAGCACACCCUGCUCAUUGCCAACACGCUCGUCGUCUCGGACAAGAAGGUCUCGGGCCCCGUGCAGUACAACCUGCGCGUCGUCGAGCUCUGGAUGGCCGCGCGCGUGCUGGCCAAGCAGCUCGGCCUGCCGCGCGACGCGAGCACAAAGACGCUGCGCAAGCUCAUGCACGUGUACUUUGAGAAGCACCCGCUGGAGGAGGACGAGGCCGCGCAAGAGCUGGGCGAAGAGGCGGCGCAGAUCAAGAAGCUCGGCCAGCUGGCAGAGCAACUCCUGCCAAGCCACGACGUGACGCGCGCAGAGGUGGAGCAGCUGACGGGCUUUGAGGGCGAGGCGUUUGAGCAGGAGUUCCUCUCUGCCUUCCCGAUCCGCGCCGACAAGUUCCGCCUGCAAGCGCGCACGCGCCACGUCUUUGCCGAGGCGUAUCGCGUGCACGAGUUUGCCGCGCUGGCCGCGCGCGCACACGAGGGCGUGUACGCGGAGCUGGGCGCGCUGAUGAAUGCCUCGCAGGCGUCGCUGAUGCUCGACUACGAGAACGGCUGCGCCGAGAUUCUCGACGUGGUGCGUCUGGCGCGCGAGGCGGGCGCCGAGGGCUCGCGCGCAACGGGCGCCGGAUGGGGAGGCAGCACGGUGCAUCUGGUGCGCGAGGACCGCGUGGACAAGGUGCUCGAGGCGCUCCGCACGCACUUCUACAAGAAGCGCUGGCCCGAGCUCGGCGAGGAAGAGCUCGAACAGAGCCUCCUCGUCAGCGACCCGGCGUCGGGCGCGGGCCUGAUGCUGCUGGACUGA